UUGUUGACGCCUGUACGGACGGUACCAAUGGCGGAUGUGCACAUAUUUGUGUAAGUACGGGGAGCGGCGCCUACGUGUGCCUCUGUAACAGUGGAUACGGACUGGACGCGGACGGACACAACUGUUCGGAUAUCGAUGAGUGUACGGACUAUGGACCUUGCGAACAAAUCUGUACAAACACAGUCGGAAGUUUCCAGUGUAGCUGUAGGUCUGGGUUCACUGUGGACAGUACCACAACGAGCACGUGUAAUGAUGUAGACGAGUGUACAAACAGCAGUUUGUGUACGGGAGGACAGACCUGCGUCAACUCCUACGGGAGUUACCACUGUGUGGCAUCAGCGGCGGGAAUGGUCCCGGAAAUUCCGGGGGAGGAGGCGGCGGAGAGGGCUUCUCUGACAAUUGUUGACACAUGCUCAGACGGCACCAAUGGCGGAUGUGAACACGUGUGUGCCACAACUAGGAAUGGCGCCUAUGACUGUUUGUGUUACGCGGGAUACAAACUGGAUAGUAACGGACACAACUGUACGGACGUGGACGAGUGUACGGAGUACGGACCAUGUGACCAGACGUGUAUCAAUAACCCCGGGACGUACACGUGCGGCUGUCGGGAGGGGUACCUACUGGACACGGAUAACGUCACCUGUAACG